AUGAGUGCCAUCAGCUGGAACUGUAGGGGGCUUGGGAACCCCCUAACAGUUAAUGCACUCCAAAAGAUAGUUUUGGAAAAAGAUCCCACACUAGUCUUCCUCAUGGAGACUAAACUGGAGACUACGGAGAUGGAUAAUAUUAAACGUAAAGUAGAAAGGCAGCAAGGCCUGGUGGUUCCUAGCAUAAACCGGGCAGGUGGUCUUGCCUUGUUAUGGAAAAACUCAAUGCAGGUAGACAUACAGACUUACUCCCCACGACACAUUGAUGCAGUUAUAACUGAAAAACAGGGGAUGAAGAAAUGGCGGUUCACUGGUUUUUACGAGCAUCCGGAGACUAGAAAAAGGGAGGAGUCGUGGAAGUUGAUGGAAAAUCUCAGUCAUAGAAGCAACCUUCCUUGGGUAUGCAUGGGGGACUUCAACGAAAUUAUGCAUGCCAAGGAGAAAGAGGGUGGUGGUGUAAGGUCGGGUGGGCAAAUGCAGGCUUUCCGUGGGGCAAUCAACAAAUCCCAACUAAGGGACUUGGGGUACGUGGGCUCAGAUUUUACAUGGAGUAGAAGGCUUGGUUGUCGAGGGUGGGUCCGGGAAAGAUUGGACAGGGCUCUGGUAUCAACAAAUUGGGAUGAGUCUUUCCCUGCAGCAAGACUCUUUCAUGUUGCCACCUCAGUUUCUGACCACAGUAUUCUAGUUCUUAAGGAAACAACCCACCCAAGAAAACAAAUGCAACGUACCAAAGUGUGGAGAUUCGAAUCCAUGUGGCUUGAGGAUGUAAGUUGUAAAGAGGUGGUGCAAGGGGCGUGGGACAUGGGUAAGUCCAGGGGAUCUUCUUGGCCUCUGGAAACUUGCAUUGAGGAAUGCCAAGUCUCUUUGAAGAAUUGGAACAAGCAAACGUUUGGCCACGUGGGAAAACAGGUUGCUGAGCUUCAAAGGAGAAUCCAAGCUCUUGAGUCCAUGAAGGGUGAUAACACGGUCUUAGAAACAGUCCAUGCAACAAAAAAGGAAUUGAACAGGUGGCUUGGCAUUGAAGAAGAAAUGUGGCACCAGAGGAGCCGAAACAACUGGCUGAAGGCAGGUGACAGAAACACCUCCUUUUUCCACACCAAAGCCUCAAAUAGACUCCGCAGAAAUACCAUCAGCAGGAUUCUGGAUGCAAAUAAUUUGUGGCAUGAGGACUUGGAGCAGGUUGGAAAAACUUUUGUAGAUUAUUUUGAUCAACUUUUCUCCUCCUCUCAACCAAGGGUGGAGCGUGAGCUUUUAGAUGCUAUAACUUCCAAGGUCUCAGAGGGGAGGAAUGCUACCCUCACUAAAGACUUCCACGCAGGUGAGGUAGAAAAGGCCCUAAAACAAAUGCACCCCCUCACUGCUCCAGGCCCCGACGAUAUGCCUCCCUUAUUUUUUCAGCAAUUUUGGCCCACGGUCAAGUCCAUUGUUAUUACUACUGCUUUGAAUUUCUUAAACCAUGGUAUUGCCCCCCGUAAGUUCCAUGAUACUCACAUUGUUCUUAUUCCAAAGACAAAGAACCCAGAAAAAGUAACUGAUUAUAGACCAAUAUCUCUUUGCAAUGUGGCUUAUAAAAUAGCCUCAAAAGCUGUGGCGAAUAGAAUGAAAUUGGUUUUACAAGAAAUUAUAGGUGAAAACCAAAGUGCAUUUGUGGCUGGGCGACUCAUCACCGACAAUGUACUGGUGGCGCACGAGCUGAUGAGCCAUAUUAGCAAGAAAAAGAAAGGAAACUGUGGGGAGAUGGCGAUCAAGCUCGAUAUGAGGAAAGCUUACGACCGAGUCGAAUGGGGCUGCCUACAACAAAUCAUGCAAAAACUUGGGUUCCAUGAUAAAUGGAUUAGUCUUGUGAUGCGGUGUGUGACCUCGGUAAAAUAUGUCGUUCGUGUCAAUGGGCUUCCAUGCGGCCACAUCCAGCCGACCCGCGGUCUUAGGCAGGGUGAUCCACUAUCACCCUACCUCUUCCUCAUCUGUGCUGAAGGCUUAUCGGCCUUACUUCAUCAGGCCACCAUUCGGAAAGCCAUCAAAGGGGUGGCUGCCUCAGUCCGGGGUCCAAGGGUGUCACACCUAUUUUUUGCGGAUGAUAGUUUGGUGUUCGGAAGAGCCACGGUGAGCGAAGCAAAGGAAAUCCAACGAAUCCUAAAGGCCUAUGAACUCUCCUCCGGCCAACAAUUAAAUAGCAAUAAAACCUCCUUGUACUUCAGUCCCAACACUGAUAAUGCAACAAGGGAGAGGGUGAAACUCUUGUUCGGUGCUCAAGUCAUCAAACCCCACGAAGCCUACCUCGGGUUGCCAUCUCUUGUGGGAAGGUCAAAAAAUAACACCUUCGCCCAUCUCAAGCAGCGGGUGGCUAACAAAGUGUCGGGGUGGAAGGAGAAGCUCUUAACACAUGCUGGAAAGGAAGUCCUAAUUAAGUCGGUAGCCCAAGCAGUGCCUUCGUAUACAAUGAGCUGUUUUUUGCUUCCUAAGAAAUUGUGUGAGGAGCUGACAGGAAUGAUAAGACAAUUCUGGUGGGGUCAGGCAGCAACUAAGAAUGGGAAGUUCACAGUGAAAAGUGCAUACAUUUUGGCGCUUGAGGAGCUCAAGAUAACAGGGCCUGCAGAUUGCUCAAACGGAGUGGCUAGGAGGAAGUUAUGGAAGACAAUUUGGAGCUUGAAUAUCCCACAGAAAAUUAAGCAUUUUGCAUGGAAAGCGAGUCGAAACAUCCUCGCUUCAAAGGAAAACUUGGCAAAAAGGAAGAUAACUCCGGACGGUGUGUGCGAUCUUUGUGGGAAAGAUGAGGAGACCACUGGCCAUCUUCUUUGGCUCUGCGAACAUGCUAAGGAAGUUUGGAAUUGCAGCAAGUUCGUUCUUCCCUUCGACUUCUCAGCGAACGGAAAUUUCCUUGAUGUUGUUGAGUGCCUACAUCGGCGCGAACACCAUCGGCCUGGGCUGUUGGAACAAUUCAUCUUAGUCUGCUGGGGCAUUUGGAAGAACCGGAACGACCUCCGAAUGGGUGGCAAGGGAAAGGCUGGUCGCACCAUCCUUAGGAACGCCUUGGUGCUGGUCGAGGAUUACCGUGUCGCAAACGCUCCAAAAACAGAGCAUCCAGUGGUUCCUGCUAGUCCGGUCUCCUGGCAUCCCCCAAGCCACAGGUUUUACAAAGUAAACAUUGACGGAGCGGUCUUCUCAAACAGGAAACAAGCUGGGGCAGGGGUGGUCAUUAGAGAUGAAGAAGGAGAGGUGAUCGCUGCCCUCAGCAAACGGUGGAAUUUCCCACUAGGAGCAACAAAGGCCGAAGCUAAAGCAUGGGAAGCUGGUAUUCUCUUUGCCAGGGACGUGGGGGUUAGAGAGGUGGAAUUUGAGGGAGACUCUUUGGAAGUGUGCAAUGCUCUCUUAGGCUUGGCUUCCCCUCCUUCAUCUGUGGCUAACGUUCUUUCUGGUUUCUUAAACCAUGUCCCUGUUUUUAGGCAGUGCAAGGUGUCUCACAUCAAACGGCAAGGAAAUGUCCCAGCCCACUUACUAGCCCAACAUGCUCAACAUGUUGGUGAUUAUGUUGCAUGGCUAGAGGAAUGUCCUAGCCUGAUUGAGCACGCUUGUGCUCAAGACAAAUGUAAUCUUUUAUCUUCUGUGCAAUGA